AUGGAUGUCCUUAAACAAACAGUUGAUUCCAUCAUCCUCAAUCCAGACCUUGCCCCUCUCCUCGCAAUCGUCAAAGCUGCCCGCAAUGGCGCCGUCUACGGUGCCAAAGUCCGAUUUCCGCACGCCCUCGUCAUGGUUUUCAUGUUCCGAUCAGGCACAUUAAAAGAAAAGCUGCGGCUGGUGUUCAAGGCGACCAGACAACAUGCGCGCAACCUCGCCUUCUUUGCAACAGUAUACAAGUCCUCAAUGUUAAUAUUGAGGUUACUAAACCCUUCCGCUCCGGGCAAAGAGGGCCCCUAUGAUACAUUUCUUGCCGGGCUAGUAGGAGGCUACCUUGUUUUCGGCAGGGGGAAGCAAGCAAGCGUCAAUCAACAAAUCGUCAUAUACGUGUUCGCUCGAGUCGUGCUUGCUCUAGCGAAACUCGCCUUCGAGCCACCGAGUGCCACGAGUUCGACACCUACUCCCACGUUAUUCACUCAGCGACUGUCACCCGAGUUGAAAGCCAAGAUCGAAAACAACGCCUGGCCGGUGUUUGCCAGUCUCAGCUGGGCUUUGGUCAUGUACAUCUUUAGAUGGCAGCCGGAGAGCAUCCAGUCCAGUUUAAAGAGCAGUAUGAAAUAUAUAUAUGUGAACUCGGACUACUGGGAUAACUUCAGGAAUUUCCUCAUUUACAACACUUAA